UGGCGGCCUUGGUGGCGGCCUUGGGGGCAGCGCGGGUGGACCAGGUGGCGGUCUGGGGGGCGGCCUCGGGGGCGGCCUCGGGGGCGGCCUUGGUGGCGGCCUCGGGGGCGGCCUUGGUGGGAACCCUGGCAGCGGUGGCCUGGGCCUUGGAAUGGCGGCUGGGCCGGGGCCGGGGCCGGGCCUUGGUGGCCUCGGUGGCGUCGCUCCCAUGGGCGGUCUUGGAGGCCUUGGAAAUCCAGGGGCAGCUUCAGGCCCUUUGGGCGGAUUUCUGCCGGACGCGUCUGCCCAGCCGUCCUUCAAAAAGCUGCCCAGCGACCCAGCGACGCUGCACCAGGCUUUCCACUAUGCGGACAUCGCGGCUUACCUCCUCCAGGCACCGCAGCCAAAAUCCAUAGAGGAGUGCAGGGAGCUUUGCAGCCAGAACAGCACCUGCGCGGCAUGGGAGGUGUGCGCGCCACUGGGGGACGGCUGCGAUGGAUGUUACCUCAUCUCCCGGGCCCCUCGGCGCUGGGACCAGCGUGAGCACUGGCACGCCGAGGUGCUGCCAGGCCGGGAAGAACUGGGCUGGAGCAGCAAUGAGACGGGCGUUGCGAAUCUGACUGCGGCCAGCUGCAGGGAGUUCCUGUUGCAAGCUAACGGAGCUGACCAGAGCGUGCCCUUUCAUGAGCCGGCAAUCAUGCAGAAGUAUUCAGCGUGUGGGUCCCUGGUCUGGGAGGAGGAGCGUCCGAAAGAGCUAGACGUGCUGGGCCAGCAUUGGCCCACCUUCCUCAUCUCCAACUUCUGGGAGCCCCCGGUGCUGCUGCCCAAGGAGGUGGAGCAGGAGAUGUUGGCCUCCAGCCCACGGGCGCCCCGGAGUCCCACCCCCCAAGCGCAGGCCAUGUUGGAGGCCAUGCAGCGCCCAGGCGUCACCGAGCAGUUGCACGGAACCAUCGGGUCCGGCACCUGGGAGGAGCAUCGCAGAAGUAAGGCGCGCGCUCCCCAUGCCUUCGUUCUGCCCUUCUAUGACACAAACAUCGGGCAUUGGAUGAAGCAGCACGGGUCCAUGAACCCUCUACAGUCCUACGAGAUGCAGUCGCUGCUGCAAGCAGGGGACACUGUGGUGGAUGUGGGCGCCAAUCUGGGCUGCUACACCCUGCCCUUCGCCGAGCGGGUGGGGCCAGCCGGCAAGGUCAUCGCUGUGGAGCCCUUCCGGUGGCUGCGACAGAUCGUGGCAGCCAAUGUGGCCAUCAAUGGCCUGAGCAACGUGUGGCUGCCGCCGGUGGGUCUGGGGGCAGGUCGCUCCAGCUUCGAGGCGCGAGCCCCGCAGUUCCGCUUCUUCUCCUCCCCGGGGGGGAUGAAGCUGAACCAGCAGCAGCAGGACAUGAAGCCGGAGGAGGUGAUGCAGAUGUACGACUGGGAUAUGCCCCCAGAGAGGAUUUCUGUGGUGACUCUGGACGAGCUUCUUGGUCUGGUGCCUGGUGCUGGAACUGAGCUUUUGGGCCUCCCUCCAGUGGAUGGCAUCAGGCUCAUCAAGAUAGACGUGGAAGGCAUGGAGAAGGAGGUCAUUGCCGGAGCCAGGCAAGCCGUCCAGAUCUUCAAGCCCAUCAUUUGGUCGGAAAACGUCGCGUACUUCUCCUCCAAGGGUCAAGAUGUCUCCUUCUUGCAGCUCAUGGAUGAGCUGGAGUACACCUGUGCUGGGGCACAGAAUGCGCCGAACGACAUCAUAUGCACCGACAGACAAGGCCGCGGGCACCAGAUCCAGUGAGCGCAUUCGCUCUCGG